AUGUCGUGGGUGUCAUCGAUCGGACGGAUGAGAGUCGAGCCCUUUAUCUUCCUAUUUAUGUUCGCGUAUGCAUUGGAAGGCCUAACGAUCUCACAGUUAGCUCAGGACAAGAUCUGCGCCCAGCGGUACGCCAUGGGUGGCCAGUACUGCGCCGGACUUAGCCAACAGCCGGCCAGCGAAGUCAAGAAUCGGAUUCUGGCAGAAGUGACCACAUUCUCGCUCUACAAGACACUCAUCAACACUAUUCCAGUCAUAUUCUGGUCACUGUUUUUGGGCGCCUGGGCUGACAAACACUUGAGUGCCCCGCGUUUCCUCAUGUCCGCCGCCGCCAUCGCCUCCUGUCUGGAGAGUUGUGUCCUUUACGUCAACGCCUAUUACUUUCAAACAGACGAGAAUCUGCUGUUGCUAUCAUUCAUACCAUUUUCAUUAUGUGGCGGAUUGUUAAGUGUAAUGAUGUCUAUCUACAGCUAUAUCGCCGGCACGACUGACCCCCAAACCCGUACCAUUAGGUUCGCCAUCAUUGAAGCCCUCAUAUUUGUUUCGGCGCCGAUGGGUAUAUUUAUCGGUGGAGUAUUGAUCGGCGAUACAAUCGACGGCCCGAACGGACAGUUACACGAUUACGGCUCAGUCUUUGUCGUCGGAUUUAUUGCUCAAUUAUUGGCCACUCUUUGGAUUGUUUUGAUUCCAUUGGAAAAACGUAUUGUCAGUCGAAACACAUCCCAAACGGACGACAGGAAGACAUACGACCAGACCAUUGAAGCCAUUUCUAUCGAUCACUCAAAUACUAAUGUCAUCAUUGAUGGCAACGAAGGCAACAAUAAUGACAACGCAGAUGACGAGAGGGAACCGCUGCUGAAACGGUGUAUCAGUCCUUGCGAUCACAUCCGAGCUGUCGAGCAGGUGUUGAAUUUAAGCACCGGUUGUAUGUGUGUUACCACCGAUGGUCACCAAAGCAGCGGUCAAAGAAUAUGGGUACUGAUUGUGUCGAUGACUCUCAUAUCAAUGACAAACAACGGAGCCCUUCAAGUGAUCUUUCAAUUUGUUCAGCGAGUAUUCCUCUGGAACUCUCAGGUCUUUUCCAACGUAAACGCUUCCACACUAUUGAUCACAUCAGUGGCGGUGGCGGUAGUGGUGCCGGCGCUCAUCAAAGUGUGCCACUUCUCGGACAUGUCUCUGUCGAUUGUGGGCACUAUCAGUAUGUUUGGCCAGAAUGCGAUCCGUGGAUCUCUGCUUAAUGAGACAGCCUUUUACCUGUCGUACGUGUUCGGGAGUCUGUCGUACGUUCCCAUGAUAUCUGUGCGCUCACAACUGUCCCGAUGUGUUGACCGCAGCGAAGAGAAUAAAGCCUUCAGUCUGUUGUCAACUCUGGAGACGUGCACACCGUUUGUGGCGUCCAUACUAUACAGCGCUAUAUUCAACGCUACCAUAGGUUGGGCGCCGGGACUGGCCUUUCAGUUCAGCGCCGGUGUAUUGUUAAUACCAUUAAUCGGUUUCGUUUAUAUCGCUGUCCGAUAUGUUUGA